AUGAUAAGGAGAAAAUGGGUCCCCAACGAAAGGGUCCUCAGACCCAUCGUCAGCAAAGGAUACAUCAGUCCAGUCGACAUCAAAAAUGUAAAAGAGUUGAAGGAAGAAUUAAAAGAUAAAAUAUACACAAACAUAUACACAUUCAAUACAUUAUGUGAUGGCAUAUACGUCAGAAGAGGGAUCUAUGCAAUUACGGGGAGGAGAAACAGCGGGAAAAGUAGCUUAUGUGCACACAUUUGUGUGAAUCUUUUUUUUAACGACGUGCUCCACUACUUCCACCUGUUUUACUCUGCCUUUUUCGACUUUGUACAAUUUUUGGAAAAAAAAAAUGUUGAAAAUAAAUUUUGCCUGCGGACGGCUAAUCGGCUGCGCCAAGUGGGGACAGAGUUCGCCAUGGGGAAUAAAAACUUCGGCGAGUUUAAGCAGCUGGUGAGGUACUUGUUCGCGCAGUUCGUCCAGUCACAUGGGGGGGAGGGAUAUGGUGGCUACAGCAAUGGUGGCGGCGACAGUGGGAGAGAUGACCAAGAGGAGAGAGAAAGCGAACCUGGCGAAUAUGGCAAGAAGGAAAAACGAAGCCACGGCCUCCUUCGCCGCCAUUCCCCUCUCCGCCCCCACCGCUUCUCCAAACGCAGAGCCAUCUACGUCGACCUGGACAACAGCUUCUACAUCGACAGGUACAAAAACAUGAUCCGCGCCUCGCUCGAAAAAAUAAAAAAGCUAAUGGAAACGUACAAGGAAUUCUGCUGUGAAAGAAAAUGCUCUCUCUUCCUGCUACUACUAGAAGGUGACAGACAACUGAAGGAUUUUCUCUCACCGCUAAGAAAGAAAUACGAUUUAUCAUAUGACCCCCUCAUACAAAUCUUUAACCACCACCUGGACAAGUACCUCAAUCGUAUCACCUUCUCAGAUGUAUACAAAAGUUUCCAACUUUUAAAAGUAUUUAAUUUUGGAGAGCUGAUAAACGUUGUUAAUUUUAUUAACAGCGAGUUGCAAAAGUGUCAACAGCCAUGGAGCAAACAUUUCAGCAGAUACGUUCCUUCCGACUUAGGAGUACUCGUGGUGGAUAAUCUGAAUUACGUACACAGGGGAGUCCCCCAGGGGAAGAACAAAUGGGAAAACGAACUAAAGCAGCUGCUGAAAACCUUGUCUAAAUUAUCCACCGAGAAUAAAGUGUGUGUCCUCGUUACGAACAAUGACAACAAAUAUUUUAAAAAAAAAGAAGAGAGGUUCUUCCAUCUGUAUUCCAAAUAUGUGUACAGCCAUGUGCUCGUUAAAUUCAUCAACGAGAAGAAACUUUUCGAGUUUUACUUUCCUUCCAAGGGGAAAAGCAAGGCGAGACGUGGCCACGGGAAAGGUAACCAAGACGAGAGCGGUAACCGAAAUGGCAACGUGCACGUGAACGGGAGCAUGAUCAGAAACCACAACACAAAUCGCAACAGUAACCGCAACAGCGGCAGCGACGGGAACGAAAACUCCUCGUCAAGCGAACAGAGCUUUAACGACCUGUCAGGCAGUGCCGACGCAGCGGGCGAUGGGAAAGCUGUCGAUGAUAGCGAUCCCGCCGAGGAGGGCGAUCCCGCCGGUGAUAAUGAUCCUGGUGACCAUGCCGACCAGAGCGAUGACGACGAAGAUGCCAAUGGUGCCUUCUUCAAAAAACGAUACAACCUCAGGUACAUAAAAAUAAAAAGGAAGAAACGAAAACCCAAGUUAUGCUUCUUCGAGAUAAACGAGUUCGGGAUUGAGACCAUGCUGGGCUGA